GCAUCACGGCUGAGAAAUCCCCGCUUUAAGAAAGAGAGGCACGCGUGAAAAAGCACAAACACACACACACAAUGUAAGUGAAUGUCAAACCCCGGAGAAUAAAAACAAAAGAUUGGUAAUCCGGGAAAGGAACAAUGCAUUUCAGUGGGGAGUUAGGAGAUCAUCUUCACCAUCACCACCUCUAAACAAUGACGAGCAAAUUGGAAGAUCGUAUGCGAGCACAAGCUUUACGUGCAUUAGAUGACGCUUCAGAUUUAAACGUUGAAGGUUUUGAAUCAAGUAGAGUGUUUGCAUUAACACGUCAAGUGAUCGAUAAUCCACCUGCUGGUUCACCUGUAAGCCGCAAAAGACUUUUACGUAGAGUGGGAGCAAUCAUUCUGUUUAUCGUUCAUCCCACUCAACCUUUGGAUCCCUCUAACCCACGUACAAGACCGACAAAGACAAUCUCCGGUGGUGGUAUUCGACCGGCUUAUUGGUAUUUAGAUUUGAAGAAAUCAGGCAAGAUCGGUAAAGGACAACCACCGGCAACAAUCUUGGGUCGUAAACGUAAAGCAGAUGUUGUGAUCGAAUGCAUUGACCGUGAUCUUGUGGAUAUUGCUGCUGGUCGUACGUUUGCAAGUAAGAUUUAUAAUACUGGAAGGAUGAAAAUUAAAGGUUCUUUAGAUUCAGCUUUGAGUAUUGCUGAUUUAUUCAAUCAUGAAAGAGCAAAGAUUUAUGGAACAGUUACGGCAGAAUCUACAGUUGAAGGUGAUUUGGUUGCCUCACCUCAAGGACGAGAACAUGGAGAUGAAUAUAGUGACGGUAUGCCUGCUCCUGUUACUGUCGACAUCAAGUCUAAACUUUGAUUCAUAUUGAUCAGAAUUGCACAUGAUUUGUAGGGUACAAUUAAACUUGUAUGGUCAUCUCUCCUAUUUGAUGUG